AUGGCUUCUUCUAUCGAAACCGGAGGGGCGUGGAGCACCAUGGAAGAUGUUUUCUUGUCUGUGUGUUGGGUCCAAACUAGUCAUUCUCUCGUGUCAGGCAAUGAGAUGAAAUUUUGUCAUAUGUGGAAAAAAAAUCAUGCCGAAUUUUGUGAAAGAAUUCCGGGGUCGACUCGUAUGGAAAUGACAUUGUCUAGUAGGUGGAAAAUUCUCAAUAAAGAGUUGGGAAAAUGGAUAGAUGCCUUGGCAAAAACAAGGGACAACUAUAGAAGCGGGGAAAAUCUUAGUAGCGAGAUUAUGCAAGCACAAAUGUGGUUUGGUGCAAUUAGGCAAGGCAAAAAAACUUUCAACCAUCAUGAAUAUUGGGAGGUGGUGAAAAAUUGCAAACACUUCAGAAUUAUUCCCACGGGUCCCCCCGUUAUGUUAAACGAGACGUCACUUCAUGAUUCAACGACAUCGGAUUCACCUCUAGAUUCUCCUAUGAGUCAAGACUCACCCAUCGAAAAGGAGCCGAGGCUCAUUGGCCAAAAGGUUGCGAAGGCGAAGAAAUGGAGUAAUUCUAGCAAUAAUACAUCAAAAUUUUUGGAGGAAAUUGCAAGGCAGAGCGUCAUAAGAAUUGAAAUGGAGCGAAAACACCAAGAGAACGAGAUGGCAAUUCGAGCAGAAUAUGUAAAAGAAAGGGAGUAUUUGCGCAAAGAACACAUUGACAAAAAGGAUCGGGAAACCAUGACCAUGGAUACAAGCCAUAUGUCCCUUGAAACAAAACAAUUUUGGAAGAUAGAACGAAUGGAUGUUAUGAGAAGAAGACUUUUCCGUGACGAUGGACAUAGAAACACGGAUUGGUUAAAUGAUCAAAACCAUUAA